AUGAGUCAUGACACACACAAAAAACAACACACUCCUCUCUCUCUCUCUCUAAUAUUCAUUCAUACAUACUUUCCAUUCUCUCUCUCUCUCUCUCUCCAUGAUUGCAUCUCACCGUAAAACCACUCCACCACCAUCAACCCCCUAACUCCGGUCACCGGAAAAACCAUCUCCAUCAUGGGUAGCCUCAACAACAACAGCAUCGAUACUGUUAACGCUGCUGCCACCGCCAUCGUUUCCGCUGAAUCACGUGUCCAACCCACUUCCUCUCCGAAAAAACGCUGGGGAAGCUGCUUUAGCUUGCCAUCUUGCUUUGGAUCUCAUAAUAAAACUAGCAAGCGAAUUGGCCAUGCUGUCCUUGUUCCUGAACCUGUUGCACCGACAGUUCCAGUCGCUAAUGCCGCACCAAAUCCUUCAACUGCCAUUGUAAUUCCUUUCAUCGCUCCUCCGUCUUCUCCUGCAUCUUUUCUCCAAUCGGAUCCGCCAUCAUCUACUCAUUCACCGGCGGCUGGAUUACUUUCGCUCAGCUCUCUCUCUGCCAAUGCUUACUCUACCAGUGGUCCUGCAUCAAUGUUUACCAUUGGCCCAUAUGCCUAUGAGACGCAGUUGGUUUCACCGCCGGUAUUUUCAAAUUUCACGACCGAACCAUCAACUGCUAAUUUUACUCCUCCGCCUGAAUCUGUACUGAUGACAACACCGUCGUCUCCUGAGGUUCCAUUUGCUCAAUUGUUGGCAUCUUCCCUGGACCGAGCUCGUAAAAGUAACCACAAGUUUGCAUUAUACAAUUAUGAGUAUCAGCCUUAUCAACAAUAUCCCGGAAGCCCUGGUGCUCAACUUGUAUCACCUGGAUCUGUUAUUUCAACUUCUGGCACCUCUACUCCUUUCCCCGAUAGACGAUCGUCACUUGAAUUGCGCAAAGGGGAAGCACCAAAGAUCUUGGGUUUCGAACACUUCUCUACUCGAAAAUGGAUGUCACGGAUAGGAUCCGGAUCCUUGACACCAGAUGGUACAGGACAAGGUUCGAGACUUGGUUCAGGAUCUUUGACACCUGAUGGUGUUUCACAUACUUCGCGAUUAGGUUCCGGGUGUGCUACACCUGAUGGUUUAGGGCAGGACUCGAGGUUAGGUUCAGGCUCUUUGACUCCUGAUGGUGUUGGCCCAACCACUCGAGACAGCAUCGACGUGCAAAACCAGAUUCCUGUGGGUGUAUCUGUUGCAAACUCAGAUCAUGGAUCUCAAACUAAUGCUACACUAGUUGAUCACAGAGUUUCGUUUGAAUUAACCGGUGAAGAUGUUGCACGAUGUCUUGCAAAUAAAACAGGAGCAUUACUUCGAAACAUGUCGAGUUCUUCACAGGGUAUACUAGCAAAAGACCCUAUUGACAGAGAAAAGAUACUAAAAGAAACCAAUAGUUGUUGUGAUGUGUGUUCAGGAAAGGCAAUAGGAGGAGAACAUUGCUGUCCGAAGCGUAACUCUGUUAGUUCUUCCAAAGAAUUCAAUUUCGACAACAGAAAAGGCGACGUUUCUGGUACAUCUGCGAAUGGUUCCUCAUGGUGGACUAACAAGAAAGUUGAUGGAAAGGAAAGUAAAUCGGUGAAUAGUUGGGCGUUCUUCCCGAUGUUACAACCGGAUAUCAGCUAAGGAUUUAGUUUCAUGCAACAUGACUUAACCUCUGAUGGUUUAAAGGAAAAGAUUUUUUUUCAUUUUACUGCAGAAUAUUUUGCAUAUAAUGCAUAACUUAAGACAUUAUUUUGAAUGGUAUAUGGAUAUAUAGUCUCUUAGGGGAGCAUAGUUUGUAGGUAGGGACAUAUAUAAAUGGAUUUAAAAUUCUAUGGAAACAAUUACUCCUUGCAUUUCAUUUCAUAUUUUUAAGUAUAUAGAAAUAGGAAAGUACAGGUAUUUGUUGUUGUGUAUUUUUGUAUCAUUUCAUGUGCAAUAAUGACAAAAAAAAUGUAUCUUUUUUGUUUGAGCAGUUGGAUUAUACAGAACCUGCAUAUUUGAUGGGGUCACUAGUUACAAAUAGUGCUUCUA